AUGACGAAGUUCGACAAUCAAAUCCAUACCUUUCACUCUGGGCGUCCACAGCCAGAAUCACCCUCAAAAUCAUCCACCUUCCAUUCUAUUGAUCCUGCCACCGGAAAUACUGUGGCCACUAUCUAUACCACCACGCGUCAGCAGCUUGACGACGCUAUUGCAUCCGCCCAUGCAACCUUUCCUGUAUGGUCGCAGACUCCACCAUUUCGUCGAGCGGCCAUAUUGCUGAAGGCUGCAGCAAUUCUCCAACAGAGAAACGACGGAUUGGCACUCACCGAGACUUUGGAUACUGGAAAGGCAUUGUCGGAAACGAUCACGGUAGAUGUCACCACUGGGGCCGAUGUGCUCGAGUACUAUGCACACCUUGCGGCUGGUGGUUUUCCAGGCCAACAUAUUCGCCUUGGACCCGACGCUUUUAUCUCGACUAGCCACGAGCCCAUUGGUAUAUACAUCGAGGCCGGGGUGCCACCGGGAGGAUUUAAUGUCGUGUUUGGCGAUGGACCAAGUGUUGGAGCUCCUAAGGUUGCCAGCGAGACCGUGGGCAAAAUGAAAGGCAUAACCAUGGAACUGGGCGGUAAAAGUCCUCUUUUGAUUCUCCCAGAUGCCGAUGUCCAAGAAACAGUCGAUACGGCGAUGAUGGCCAACUUUUUCUCGAGUGGCCAGGCUUGCACAAAUGGAACUCGUGUCUUUGUCCCUACGACUCUCCUUAGCAGAGUGGAAGAAGGAUUGGUAAUGGCCUGUCGGAAGGGAAUUCGAAUGGGUCUUCCAAAAGAUGAAACAACUAACUUUGGACCGCUCGUAAACAAGACACAGCAAGACAAGGUCAACAAUUAUAUCAAACACGGCCGCGAGGUUGAUCAGGCUAGGGUAUUAUACGAUGGCAGUCUUGACGCCCAGAAGGAGCGAGUUGUGCAGCAGCUAGAUGCAGGCAUGACUUGGAUCAACACCUGGGGUGAAAGUCCUGCUGAAAUGCCUGUCGGGGGCUGGAAGAUGAGUGGCGUGGGGCUUGAAAAUGGCCAUGAAGCGGACAUAUGGGCUCUUGGCUGUCUCAUCUUCUACAUCGUUACCAAGGUCCCUUUAUUUGUUAUUGAAGGCUGGGGAGAUUCCGAACAUACCAACAUCGAACAUAUGUAUACCUUUAUUGAGAUGUUAGGGCCUUUGCUACAGCCUCUGCGUGAGUCCUGGUCAGCUGCAGACGAACAUGUCAAUGCGGACGGGGAAUUGCUUCGGCAAUUUCCAGAAGACGAGAGAGCUCUGCCACUGGCCAAUGCUAUACGUGAGGAGAAGCCUGACGCAAUGAGUGAGGAAGAGCAGUCGGCGUUUAUUGAGGUCAUGGGCAUGAUGAUUUUUUUUUCGAUCCGGAUGAGCGAAAGUCGACAGACGCUCUCCUGA